AUGGCCAUACCCUCUGACCAACCCAGAGACUCCCACGUGGCAGUUCUCGCUUUCCCCUUCGGCACUCACGCCGCUCCUCUCCUCGCCGUCACUCGCCGUCUCGCCUCCGCCUCUCCCACCACCGUCUUCUCCUUCUUCAACACCGCCCAGUCCAACUCCUCCUUGUUUCCCUCCGACGCCACAGAUCUCCCGGCGAACAUCCGAGCGCACGACGUCGCCGACGGUGUCCCGGAAGGGCACGUGUUCGUCGGGAAACCGCAGGAGACGAUCGAGCUGUUCCUCUUAGCGGCGCCUGAGAAUUUCAAGAGGGAAAUCGCGGCGGCGGAGAAAGAGAUCGGUAGGAAUGUGAGCUGCGUGUUAACGGAUGCGUUCUACUGGUUCGCGGCGGACAUGGCGGCGGAGAUGAAGGCGAAUUGGGUUGCGUUCUGGACCGCCGGACCAAACUCGCUCUCUGCUCAUCUCUACACAGAUGCCAUCAGAGAAACCAUCGGUGUCAAAGAAGUAAAUGUUCGUAUGGAGGAGACAUUAGGGUUUAUCUCGGGAAUGGAGAAGAUGCGAGUCAAAGACACACCAGAAGGAGUUGUGUUUGGGAAAUUAGACUCUGUUUUCUCAAACACGUUGCACAAAAUGGGUCUUGCGUUACCUCGUGCCUCUGCGGUUUUCAUCAACUCCUUUGAAGAGAUUGAUCCUACUCUCACUAACAACCUCAAAUCGGAAUUCAAACGUUACCUAAACAUCGGUCCUCUCGCGUUAUCAUCUUCGACAUGUCCAACAGAGACGACAGUGCAAGAUCCUCACGGCUGCUUGGCUUGGAUGGAGAAGCGAUCCCCUGCUUCUGUAGCGUACAUUAGCUUUGGUUCGGUCAUGACGCCGCCUGUUGGAGAGCUUGUGGCGAUAGCGGAAGGAUUGGAAUCGAGCAAAGUGCCGUUUGUUUGGUCGCUUAAGGAGAAGAGCGUUGUUCAUCUACCGAAAGGGUUUUUGGAUCGGACAAGAGAGCAAGGGAUGGUUGUUCCAUGGGCUCCACAAGUGGACUUGCUGAAACACGAAGCUACGGGUGUGUUCGUGACGCAUUGUGGAUGGAACUCUGUGUUGGAGAGUGUUUCGGGAGGUGUGCCGAUGAUUUGCAGGCCGUUUUUUGGAGAUCAGAGGUUGAACGGAAGAGCGGUGGAGGUUGUGUGGGAGAUUGGGAUGACGAUUGUCGAUGGAGUCUUCACGAGAGAUGGAUUUGAGAAGUGUUUGGAUCGAGUUUUGGUUCAAGACGAUGGGAAAAAGAUGAAAGGUAAUGCGGAGAAGCUUAAAGAACAAGCUCACGAAGCUGUCUCUUUGAAAGGAAGCUCCUUUGAGAAUUUUAAAGGGUUGUUGGAAGCAGUUGUAAACGUUUCAAAUUAA